GAUGCAGGGCUCUGGAGUCCGUGCCAGCACAAUUCUGGUGCAGGCGAACUCUCUUACUGGUGGCCUCUGGACCGCGCGAUGACUGAACGGUAACCUCUGGGUCUGAGGACGAGGGUUGAAGAUGAAGGAAGCUUGCUCUUCCAGCUCUCAUGUGCCUAUCAGCGACAGCAAGUCCAUUCUGAAGUCAGAACUCUUAAGCCUGCUCAAAACCUACAACUGCUACCAUGAGGGCAGGAGCUUCCAGCUAAGACACCGAGAGGAAGAGGGGACUCUGAUCAUCGAAGGACUCCUCAACAUUGCCUGGGGACUCAGACGACCCAUCCGGCUGCAGAUGCAGGAUGAUCGGGAGCGAGUGCAACUGCCAUCUGCCAACUGGGUGCCUGAGAGGCUCAGCUACCUCCAAAAGGAAGCUUCACCCCAGGACAGCAAGGUCCCUGCUGAAGAGCCUAGCGCUCAACCUGCCAACAAGGCAGAGGUUUCCGGAGAUAGCUCAGGACCCCUGGAGGGGGAAGAGGAGGAGGUGCCACAGCUUAUGCGGACAAAGAGCGAUGCCAGCUGCAUAAUCCAGAGGAGGUCCAAAUCCCGGGCACCGAGCGAAGCCCAGAAGAUACGACGGCACCGGUUCUCCAUCAAUGGACACUUUUAUAACCACAAGACCUCCGUGUUCACUCCUGCCUAUGGGUCUGUGACCAACGUCCGGGUUAACAGCACUAUGACCACCCAGCAGGUGCUCACCCUGCUGCUAAACAAGUUCCGGGUAGAAGAUGGUCCCAGUGAGUUCGCACUCUACACCGUCCAUGAGUCUGGGGAGCAGACAAAAUUAAAAGAUUGCGAGUAUCCGCUGAUAUCCAGAAUCCUGCAUGGGCCCUGUGAAAAAAUUGUCAAGAUCUUCUUGAUGGAAGCUGACUUGAGCGAGGAGGUGCCCCAUGAUGUUGCCCAGUACAUUAAGUUUGAAAUGCCGGUGCUGGACAGUUUUGUUGAAAAAUUAAAAGAAGAGGAAGAAAGAGAAAUAAUCAAACUGACCAUGAAGUUCCAAGCCCUGCGUCUAACAAUGCUGCAGCGUCUGGAACAGCUAGUGGAGGCCAAGUAGCUAGCCAGAGCUUGCCUUUUGUGAUGCCUGCAGGAGCAAGUGUGCAUGGAGUCCCAGGGACCCAGCUCUAACUGAUCACUGACUGAUGGCUGCUGCCCAGUACCUAUGCUCAUCCCACCUCUCCACGGACGACAUAGCAUCCUGCAUCUCUAGUCUUGGUACCACAGUAAGCAUGCACAGGCACACCCGGGAACUUGCUGGCUAGGAUCUAUGCGCAAAGCUGGCCUACGUGGUAAUAAAGAGCCUCGGAACUAUGGUACCAGCCACAUUGUAUGGUUGAAUAGUAUUGCCAGCCUUGUCCCUGUCUAUCUCCAGUUUGAGAGAGCAGUAUAGCACCCAGCCCCUGGAGAAUGGGCUUCAUCUGCUUGCCCAGUGCCUGUCCCUGAGCCUCUGCAUGGCCACAAGUCCCUGCCCUUAUCACCCAUGUGAACCAGGAACUCCCUGUCUUCCCUUGCUUCUUAUUGCCACUCAGGAACCAUACUGGACCAGGAGCGGCCAACAGCUGUGAGAUAUGGCCUGCUUCUAACUAUUGCUUCACCAUUAUGUCCUGGCCUCCGAGCCUUGUUUCUAGCCAACAUUCCUGGCCUAGAGGUUAGAUCAGGACUGGGACCACCAAGAUGUCAUCAGCUCUUGGCACAAAUCACCCUUAACUUGUGAGUGUGAUCCAAAGAAAUCCUUGAAAGGAAUUGUCCUCAAGAAAUAUGUCCAUUGAAUUAUGUUUCGGAAGUUGAUUCAUGUAGCAUUGGAACAGCUGAGAGUGGAUCCAGAAGGCUCAGUCCCCUUCACUCCAUCUUGUGGAUGUUUAUAUGUCUCUUGCUUUCCUUGGGACAGAGCUUCUUUCUCUCUAGUGGAUAGGGACAACUCUCAAUACAUCCUAUCAAAGCUCGGCAAAACAUGGGAAAAUGUCUAUCUGGGGACAAAAGGCUUCUAAUCCCUUGAAUACCGACACAGAACAACUUGUUUGCUGACUGAUAGAAACCUCUGGAAUGAAUGAGAAAACUAUGCAGUGGUUUACAUCAGUUUGGGGAACGAUUGUCUAACAGAGCAAACCAAAGGCCAGCUUCUGCCCCUGACGUCUGUGGGCAGUGGGUUUAAAGAGAAGUCUGAUGAAGGCCUUCGAAGACAGAGUUCCAUCUUCAAUGCAGUGCAUGUGGAAGCCACUCAUGGAGCCCUGAAGAGCAGAGCGUGAGAACAGUUGUGCAGGGGGAAGCCACGAGGCAGGGUAGAUGUCACCUCUAGAUUUUCCAGACCCAGCUCUGUUUCACAGAGAUGCUCAGCUGCCAAGGGAGGUCUCUUGCCUCCUCUCCUCUUUGGCACUGUACUUUCCUCCGUGCUUGAUCAAGGCCUGUUGUGCUGAACAGAAACUGCAGGACCAACCUUUUCUGUGCUUCUUCUUCUUGCGUUUAUUGCCUUGAUCCACUUCUCUACUCCCCGAAGCUGUUGUACUACACUCUUAAGUUCUGCAGUUGGCAAAGGAACCACCCACCUGUUGGAACCUGUCCACAUUGACAGGACUCCUUCGCUUCGUGCCCGGUCUGAGAAAUUGUGUGAGGUUUGAGGCAAGGCUGCCCUGCUUUAGAACACAAGAAAGGACUCACUGGUGGUGGUCUGUGAGUGGCCUGAACAAUAACGUCAUCCUAAAUUGCAGAAUUUUAGCAUCAGAAGUGCAAAGGAAUCUUCUAGCCAGAGACUCUGGAAUUGAAAACCUGAACUGGAUCUUCAGCCUCAAGACAUCUGCCUGUCCAUUGCUCAGAAGUAAUUAACUGACUUGAUUGUUUUAUGCCAGGCCAGUACUAGACCCUGGAGGAACAAAGAUGGAGCCUUGGUAAUUCCUCUUCUGGAGAAGACUUGGAGACAGUUAAGCACCUGAUAUUGGGCAGACAGCUAAGAGUGAAUGGUACUGUAAGCCAAGAGACACCUUCUGUCCCUGACACAGGAACUCAGUGCUGGGGGAACCACUGACACAGGAAACCCUGGACGUGGCCACCAACUUGGUGGUGUUUCACAGUUGUCCAAAUAUUACUUAAGGCAUUUUAAAAUAAGUUUUACUUUCAAAAUAUUAUCAAAACUAAUUUCUGAAUGACAUCGUUUGGAAAAACUCUAGCAAGUUUCACAGAGCAGUGCUCUCUGCCAUGUUCCUCUGAAGUGUUCACAAAUGUUAGACUGACCUGCCACAUCUGCCACAUCUGCUCUUUGAGGACAACUGGAGAACCAGCCUUUGCAGGGCAUAACAACCCUGUAGCUUGAGACUGUGGAGCCCGUGGCUUCACAGUGUGCUAGGGCUAUCACCUGCAGUGGCGGUCAUAGCUUUCUGGUGUGUUCUCCACUUCUCAGAUGAUAAAGAUAUCUACAGAUAAAGUGAAGAUCCGGCUUAGAAAGGACUGGCUUCUGCAAUACAUCUGUCCUCAGAGCCUCGAAUAGUAAACAGCACAGGUCGAAAUCAGUGUGAUUUCAAGAUUGCAAAAGUCCCAAGCUCAGAAUAAACAGGAUUGUUUGUCCAGAGCAAAUGACAAAAAAAAAAAAAAAAAACAGAUCGGAAACAAGAGUAGGGGAAAGACUUGUUUUUCUAAAGCAAUAACCUUUAGACUUUCUCAGUGACAAAACAAAGCCUUUCACCCAGAAUACAUCUGACUCCCUGGUCACAGGGCAAGGAGAGAGGGCUUAUGUACUCUACUCAGGUGAUUUGGUAGGAACUGGAAUUAUGCCAGCUGUGCUGUGUGAACACAGCUGCAGAGAGGCCAUGGAAUGUCCUUAUCAGGGGUACUCUGGCUACCAGGUCCUCAGGCCCUCUGACCCUCAUCAGUGGCAAGCAGGAAGUCUGGUAGGUCACAGCCAGGCAGUAGCACGUUUCAAAACAACCAGAUGCAUGGACUAUAUUUAGGCCCCAAGAACUGCACUUGGGUAUUAGCCAGCUGUUGACGUGCUGGGAGCCUCAGAGAGCCUGAGGUGGGGCUCUGUGCCUGCCAGCAGGGUUGUAACAAUGGUUUGCUGCUAGUCUAAGAGCUUGGGAAUUCCCAGGGUUUCCUUUUUCAUCCACAAUGCCUCAGGCUUAUCUAACGACUCAUUGUCCAGGCUCCUGGGCUGCAGGACCCAUUUUGAGAGAAACAGUAUGUUUGAUCCUAUACUCAAGCCAUUCCCGUGACCGUCCUGCUGUCCCUGGACUGUGGGUCAGUUCUACCAAUGACAGCAUCACUCCUCACUGAUACAGGGCUUAUUCAUGUACAUGUAUGGACACCUGCAUGUGUAGCAAAACACGUAUGUGAAGAAUAGGGUCUAAGGAACAAAACCACAGAAAAGUGAAAUUACUUUGCUAGGCUGUUUCUUGGCUGUUGUUGUUGUUGUUGUUGUUCUAGAUUUCUUGUUCUCGAAUGUUCUUUAAAUAUUCAACCCACUCUGGGUAAGUGGCCCCUGUGGUGCAGAUCUCCAGAGAAGCUACAGCCACCAAACUAAGACUCCCCAGAAAGAAAAUCUGCCAGGUGCCCAGGCUGUGGCCUCUCCUCUUACCGUUUGUCUCCUUAUCCCUUUGUCUGAGGACUACAUGUGACUGUUCUUCAUAAAUUAAUUUACUUAAAAGUGACGUGGUUCCAAAACUUGACUCUGUUAAGUGUGUACAUGUGGGUGUUUUGCAACAUCUGGUCCUCGUGUGUGAGAACCGACUGCCCAAGCAGAAGGUGCUGUGAAUCGAAAGUGAGGACUGCAGUUAACCAGUAUAUACCACAUCUCUCUCCAAAGCCGUUGUCAUGUCCAGUAUCAGUUAAGAAACAUACUGUGUGUUGGUAACCAGCACAGAGUGUUUGGGUAUCCUCACAGCUUUGUCUUACAGGGCUGGUGAUGUGGGCCAAGGUCAGCUGGUAGGCAAUAUGGCGCUUAUAGUGAGUAUGCCUUUCAUCACGUCAAACUGGAUUCUAUACUGGGAAAGUUACUUGCCUCACUUUCCCCAUCAGUCAAAUGGGGGUAACCGUGGUUCCUAGCUCUCAAGGUUGUUGAGAGUCAUAGCUUUAUUGCAGUAACAAGGUCAGAAAUCUCAGCGUCACAGGAGACUUUACGUCUCUCAGAAACUGUGGGACUAUAGAGUACCCGUGGUGUGUUCAUGUGGCUGAGUUCCACGUGUGUUCUGAUCCUGGGUCCCCAGACUCCUUGGGAUAGGCUAUUGAAGCAGAGGAAAAGAGCAGAGGGACGGUGGGAGCGUGUGUCUCGGGGCUGCUUCUGGGCCACUGUGUUGCCUCCGACCACUCUUGGCCAGUGUGAGUCCCCUAGUAAAGCCCUCAUCUGGAGCUGCACACUCGAGGGUGGUGGCGCUCAACCUUCCUAAUGCUCCAAUCCUUUGAUACACUUCCUCAUGGUGUGAAGACCUCCCGACCAUGAUAAUUACUUUUGAUGCUGCUUCGUAACUGUAAUUCUGCUACUGUUAUGUAUGAAUCACAUUGUAAAUAUCUGAUAUUUCCAGUGGUCUUCAUUGGCCCCUGAAAGGGAUCAUUGGACCCCAAAGGGGUUGUGACAACCCACAGGUUGAGAACUACUGGAGGCUCUGGGAAUUGUCCCCCCCUCCCCCAAUAAGGAAGAGAACAAAAAAAUCAAGGAAGAUGUCCCACACAGCCACUAUGGUCAUGGUAGUGUUAAAGACCUUAAAGGUUCCUCAGACAGUAGCUGGCUGAAAUGUAACAAUAGGAUGUGUUAUGCUAACACAUGACCCAGAGCAUGGGUCUCUGACUACUCAGGCCACUUUUCCUUGUCACUUUGAUGCCGUGUCCUUUCCUGGCUCAGGCCUCUCCCUGGGCUUUCCUCCAAGUCUUUCCACUCACAGUGCCUUUGCUCCUUUCUCUCCUCACAUGUGUCUCCUUCCAAAAUGCCACCACUCUCUGCCUGCCUGCCUAUUCUCAAUCCCUUUGGGCCUUUUGUAGCUGGUGUAGCUGGUUUUCUAUAUAGGAAAGAAGGCUGCUCUCUCUACCUUUAAGUGAGGCAACAAAGACUUAUGACUCAUGACUAGUAGUCCCAGUGCAUUUUGGCUCUUGCAUUUUUUUUCCUAGUCCACCAAUGCCCACCACUGUUGUUCACCACUGGCACCAACCACAUAUGACAACAGUUUAGUAAUAAAAUUAUCAAUAAAUUAUGCUUAUCAUGUGUUACGCAAAGCUUCUGUCCUUUUUAGUCUAUCGUUGUGAUAAAACACAAACCACAAGCAAUUUAGGGGAACAAUGAUUUAUUUCAGCCAUCAGGUCCAUCAUUGAGGGAAAGGUAGGGCAGGAACUUGAAGCAGAAAUCACGGAGUGCUGUUUGCUGGCUUUCUCACUGACCUCUUCUUAGCUAGCUUUCUUAUGUAGUUCAAGACUAUUACCCAAGGAAUGGUGCUACUUACAGUAGUCUGGGUCCUCCUGUAUCACCUAACAGUCAAGAGACUUCUCCAUAGACAAGCCCAUCUCAGAUGACUGUAAGCCAUGUCGACUUGACAAUGAGAGCUAAUGAGGUGGGCUGGAGAGGUGGGUCAGGGGUCAAGAACAGUGACUGCU